CACCUGCGGGCUGCACGUGGACUGCUCAGUUACUGGUGGAAUAACCCAACCUUUACCUUUAGGGAACUGGUCUUUAUCACUACCAGGUAGGAAGGCAGUGACCACUGUCCUGUUUCACUUCAAAAGUGGCCGAGUUUCGAAGGGGGCCAGUGAUAUUUGGAAUCACAUGAGGGGAAAGUACUGGAUUCUUCAAGAGGGGAAAGAUGCUGGUACGAUAAUGACUGUUUCAGGACUUGUGAUUUGCUGACUUGCUCAGGGCUGUAGCCUGACAGAGUGGGGCUUGAAGUGCACGGGGGAGGACAUGGAAAGUCAGAACCCAUACAGUGAAUUCGGUGAUUGCCCUCUUGGCCUUUGCAGUGAGGGGGCUUCUGGGUUCUUUCCUAGGCACCCAUUGGCCACCUUUUUCCACCUGUUUUUCCGAGUGAGUGCCAUUGUCACCUAUGUGUGCUGUGACUGGUUCAGCAGAAGCUUUGUGGGCUGCUUUGUCACUGUGCUUCUCCUCCUGUCCUUUGACUUCUGGUCUGUGAAGAACGUAACCGGGAGACUCAUGGUGGGCCUCCGCUGGUGGAACCAGAUAGACGAAGAUGGGAAAAGCCACUGGAUUUUUGAAGCCAGAAAGGUGUCUCCGCAUCAGAUCGCUGCCACGGAGGCGGAGGCUCGCAUCUUCUGGCUCGGCCUCAUCAUCUGCCCGCUCAUCUGGAUCGUGCUUUUCUUUAGCACCUUGUUCUCCUUGAAGCUCAAGUGGCUGGCCCUUGUGAUAGCUGGGAUUUCUCUCCAAGCUGCUAACCUGUAUGGCUACAUCCUUUGUAAGAUGGGAGGCGAGAGCGACAUCAGCAAAGUCACAGCCAGUUUUCUGUCCCAGACGGUGUUCCAGACGGCCAGCCCAAGCAACUUCCAGAAGCCUGGCCUUGAGGGGCUGGAGAUCCACAAGCAUUAGGUGUCUCUCUGAGGCCGCAGUGUUAAGCAAGAGGUUCUGUCCUAAACAAGCUUCCAGCAGAGAAUCCCUGACCACCAACCAAGCUGUUGGUUUUCCAGAAGCAGGCCUUGGGGGAGAGGUUUGAGAAGACACU